UGUUAUGCCCCACUUGACCCUUGACAAUGAUUCUUGAUGAAUUUUUUUAUGUGUUUUUAUCUAUAUGAUGCAUGAGAACUAACAUCUCUUUGGCAUGAUAUUAUUAUGAUCCAGAUGGGAUGAGGGAUGCAGUGAACUUGGAACAUCAUAUUCACUCUCUGGAAAUUGAGGCUUACAGUUCCAUGUUGAAGGCUUUUAUUGCUCAAUCGGAUCUUCUUACUUGGGGAAAAGAGGAGCUCUUGACUGAACUACGAAAGGAACUGAAUAUUGCAGAUUCUGAACAUGGGCAAAUUCUGUCUAAAAUAAAUUCCGAUGAGUCAAUAAGAUGGAUUAGGGAGCAAAGGAAAAGGGCAUCUCAUUCGCAUGCUCAUGGUUAUAUUAAAGCUAAUACUUCUGGGUGUCCUUCCGCCUCAAUUGGGAAUUCUGUUAUAAGAUUGAAAACUCCAUCCCCGGCUACAUUUUAUCCUCACAACAACAUGUCGCACAGUCAGGCUUCUCUUAAUUCUAUUCAUGUUUCUGCUCCAAAGUCUGUCUACGGGAAUGCUGAGCAACCCAAGGAAAUGUUCAGUUAUGAUGUUCAGCCGCCACCUGUUGGAAUUGGAAGAGGGAGUGUGCCGGAAGGAAAUUAUCAGUUUAAGCAGUACUGUCAACCAUCCGAGUUUCUCACAUUAAACAACAGAGCUGAUUUAAUUGAGAUCCGUGCAACAGAUAGGGUUAUCCAUGAUGUUGAAAAGAUGGUUUUUGGUAGAGAGAAGCCUAGUCCAAUUGAUAUUGAGAAUGCGAAACAGGCUCUUGAUGAGCAAGAAAGAGCUUUACUUGAAGCACUUGGUAAACUAUCGGACGUGUUAGAUGGGGAUGACAGGGUGCUGCGAAAUCUCCAAUCGAGGGCAAGAAAUGACGGUCAAUGGUAGUCUCAGUGGGACGAUUGAAUGGACUUUGGGAGUUUAUUUUGAUCCUUGCAUAGAUAUGGUGCUUACUUUAGUUACUGAAUCCAAUUAUUGAGGUAUACACCUAAUUAGAAAAACUAUAUGAUGCUUAAGGUUGUAGGUGACUGAUGCAAGCCGAACACUUUGAUAUGACUUGUUUCAAUACUUUUUUAAGUUAUACUCCUUCUAACCAUUUGGUUAAAUGUAAAGUGUAAAGGAGAAUCCAAUCUCUUUUUGUUCUUCAGGAAAAGAUCUCAAAAGUUCUUGUUAGUUGCA